AUGAAGGACCGACUGAGUGAGCUCCUCAGCAUCGCCUCCAAGCCUCCAGACGUGGACUUGUCCUCAGACAGCCCGAAGGAAGACUACCAGGGCGAGGAGGCCAUGGCGGCCAUCCACAGGGAGGCUCAGGCGGCGAGGAAAGAGAUGCUGCUGCUCAAGAUGGACGUGAAGCGUCUGGGGAAACAGGGCACCAGGUUCCUGACCUCAGUGAGGAGGUUCAGCAGCAUCAAGCGCGACUCCAACGCUCUGGGCCGCGCCAUCAAGUCCCGAGGCGAGGCCGUCUACGCCCGCCUGGAGAGGCUGAAGGCCGCGGGCGAAGACCUGGCCCGGGAGCACGGCCCCUCCUCCACCCUGGCCCGCAUGGCGUGCUGCCAACACGCCUCCCUGACCGCCGCCUUCCACCGCGCCAUGUCCGACUACAACGGCGCCGAGAUGGAGCUGCGGGAGAACUGCAAGACGCGCAUCCAGAGGCAGGCGGAGAUCGUGGGCAAGGAGGUGAGCUGCCAGCAGAUCGAGGAGAUGGUGGAGACGGGCAAGUGGAGCGUCUUCUCCGACAACCUGCUCUGCGAGGGCCGCGGCGCCCGCUCCGCCCUCAGCGAGAUCGAGAGCCGGCGCCGGGAGCUGAUGGAGCUGGAGGGACGCAUCCGGGGCGUGCGCGAGCUCUUCCUGCAGAUGGCGCUGCUGGUGGAGGAGCAGGGCUGCCAGGUGGACAACGUGGAGGCCAACGUGGCCCGCGCCUCGGACUACGUGGCCCGGGCCUCGCAUCAGGUCAGGAAGGCCGUCAGGUACCAGAAGGCCAACCCCUGCAGGAAACUCUUCUGCUGCUGCUGUCCUUGCUGCCAGUGACCACGCCCACUUUCUCACCUUUUCUUUGGCACACAACCUCCAAGACUCACUGACUUCACUUCUUCUUGCAACAGCCAGCCUCCAUCAUGUUAGCAACAGUACUUCACUUCUUUUUACACUUGUACAACAAACCAGCCUCCAUCUUGAUAGUAACAGUACUUCACUUUUUUUUACAUUUGUACAACAGCCAGCGUCCAUCUUGUUAGUAACAGUACUUCACUUCUUUUUACAACAGCCAGCCUCCAUCUUGUUAGCAACAGUACUUCACUUCUUUUUACAACAGCCAGCCUCCAUCUUGUUAGCAACAGUACUUCACUUCUUUUUAC